AAUUCCCAACCUCACAUCCCCCUCCUUCCACUCGAGCUUCCUCCGUUUAAACCCAAACCCUAAUCGCGACCUCCAAGUUCCCCCAAAACCCUACCCUUGCGGCGGCCAUGGACGGCGGCGGUGGCGGAGGCGGCGCCGGCGGAGUCGGGGGAGGGGUCAUGCUGGGCGGCGGGGUCGGCCCCGGCGGCGGCGGCGGGGGCGGGGGCGGGGGCGGCGACGUGGAGCUCGUCAGCAAGACGCUGCAGUUCGAGCACAAGCUGUUCUACUUCGAUCUGAAGGAGAACCCGCGGGGGAGGUAUCUCAAGAUCUCCGAGAAGACCUCGGCCACGCGCUCCACCAUCAUCGUCCCCGUCGACGGCGUCGCCUGGUUCCUCGACCUCUUCGACUACUACAUCCGCACCGACGAGCGCGACGCCUUCAGCAAGGAGCUGCGGCUCCAGACCAAGGUGUUCUAUUUCGAUAUCGGGGAGAACAAGAGAGGCCGAUUCCUCAAGGUUUCAGAGGCCUCUGUCAACAGAAAUCGUAGUACAAUAAUAGUUCCGGCUGGCAGCUCUGGUGAAGAAGGUUGGGAAGCAUUCAGGAAUGUGCUAUUGGAAAUAAAUAACGAGGCUUCUCGACUGUAUGUCCUACCAAAUCAUCCAAAUCAGAUUGGCCAGCAACACAUGGAACCACCAGAACGCCUUCCCGGCCUUUCUGAUGAUGUGGGUGCCGGAUUUAUAGCUGGACAUGGUAGCCAGUCUGCGUCUGGGCCUGAGGUAGAUGUUGAACGCUUGGUUGAUCUGCCUCCUCAGGAAGAAAUUAGCGGCAUGGGAAUGUCUAAGGUGAUUAGGGCAGAUCAGAAGAGGUUCUUCUUCGACCUGGGUAGCAAUAACAGGGGCCACUAUUUGAGGAUAUCUGAGGUGGCUGGAAAUGACCGUUCAUCGAUAAUCUUACCGCUCUCUGGUCUGAAGCAGUUCCAUGAAAUGGUUGGUCACUUUGUAGAUAUAAUGAAGGACAGGCUUGAAGGAAUGAGCAGCGCCAACGUGCGCACUGUUGAGCCCAGCCAGAGAUGAUUGCCUCGACCGUGGCCUCGGCGAGACUGCUGUUAUGCCUCCUGUAGGUGUGUCAUGUGGUGUGUGGUAAUGUAGAUCACGCAGUAUUAAUUCAUCUGGUGGGGAUAAUAAUGUCUCUCCUCUUUCUUUUUUGAAUUCAGUGGUGAGGAUUGAUUUGUUUGGGACCUUUUUCUUUUUUUCUCUUUCAGUCGGAGGAAUAAUAAGCAGUAUAUUGUUCGUGGGGUGGUAUAUGUGUUGUUGCUGCAGUAUUA